AAAACACUCCCACUCCCAGGUUUUUUGGCACAAUCGCUCCAGUUCUCCACUUGCUGCAACGGCAGUAAUUAUCACCGUCGCUCGUCUCUCCGCAACUCCUGCCAUCCAAACGCAUUUGCCGGUGCAUCGCUUCUUUGGAAUCAGAACACCUGCUAUCCGCAAACCGGAAAACGUCGUUUGAACAAUGUGUGGAAUCUUUGCAGUCCUCGGCUGCGGCGAGGAUAUGGAGCAAUUUCGACCCCGCGCCGUCCACUUGUCAAAAAAAGUCCGCCACCGGGGCCCCGAUUGGUCUGGGUUGAAGAUCUGCGAUAACAACAUCAUUUGCCAUGAACGUCUUGCUAUCGUCGGAGUUGAAAGCGGAGCUCAGCCGUUGACCAACGAAGAUGAAAGCUUGAUCUUGGCUGUCAAUGGAGAGAUUUACAACCACAUGACGCUGAGAAAGCUACUGAAAAGGAAGCAUAACUUCAAGACCAACUCCGAUUGCGAGGUUAUCUUGUACUUGUAUGAGGAAGUCGGAGAUGAGCUUGUCAACUACCUAGAUGGCAUGUACAGCUUCGUUCUGUACGACAAGAAGAAGAAGCGGUACCUUGCAGCUCGCGACCAUGUUGGAAUCACUACAUUGUACCAGGGCUGGAGGCACUCUGAUGACUCCGUCUGGUUUGCUUCCGAAAUGAAAUGCCUGAGCGAAGACUGCGACCGGAUCAUAGCUUUCCCCCCCGGUCACUACUACACUAGUGACAACAAAGAGACCAUCAAGUACUACAAACCGCAGUGGGCCGAGGACGCUGCCGCCGGACGACCUCCUCUGGAAGACGAGGAGCAAGAGCAAACCCCCGAGGAGGAAGCCAGGAUGUAUAGGUCGUUGCGGCUUGCAUUGGAAAAGUCUGUCAAGAAGAGGCUUAUGAGUGAAGUGCCGUAUGGCGUACUGCUCAGCGGAGGGUUGGACUCGAGUCUGAUCGCAUCGAUUGCCGUCCGAAUGAGACGAGCUGCAGAAGAUGGCAGUAGUGCGGAGGAUGGCGAUGCUGAAGAUGACGAUGACAUUCGAUCUGCCAUAUCAUCGUCCGCAGCCUUCCCACGACUCCAUUCGUUCUCGAUCGGCCUUCCCGGUUCCCCUGACCUCGCCGCUGCUCAACGCGUUGCAACUUUUCUGGGCACAAUUCACCACGGCUUUACGUUCACAGUCGAGGAAGGGCUGGAUGCCAUCGGAGAAGUUAUCGAGCAUCUUGAGACUUAUGAUGUGACUACAGUAAGGGCAAGCACUCCGAUGUACCUGCUAUCAAGGAAGAUCAAGGCCAUGGGAGUCAAAAUGGUUCUGUCUGGGGAGGGCUCCGAUGAGAUCUUCGGAGGCUACUUGUACUUCCACUCGGCGCCGAACGCCCAGGCCCUCCAUCACGAGUGUAUCUCCCGCAUCCAGCAGCUGCAUACAGCAGACAACCUUCGUGCCAACAAAUCCACAAUGGCCUGGGGUCUCGAAGCCCGCGUGCCGUUCCUCGACAAGCAUUUCCUGGACACGGCAAUGUCUUUGUCAAUCACCCCCGCCAACCGGAAACUCACCUCCCGCGCUCCAUACCACCACAAAACCGAGAAAUACGUUAUCCGAAAGGCUUUCGACACGCCUGCUGACCCUUACCUCCCUGACGACAUAUUGUGGAGGCAGAAGGAGCAAUUCUCUGACGGCGUAGGGUACUCCUGGAUUGAUUCCCUGAAAUCGCAUUCGGAACAGAAGAUCUCAGACCAGGUGUUUGCGAAGCGAGCGGAGAGAUUCCCGCAUGAUACACCGAACACGAAAGAGGCGUACUGGUUCAGAGAGGUGUUUGAGCAGAGGUUCCCGCAGAAGGCGUGUUUGGAGAGCGUUGUGAGGUGGAUUCCUAGGAGAGACUGGGGCUGUCCCGAGGAUCCCUCAGGCCGUGCGCAGAAAGGACACAACGCGGCGUACAACAAGGAGUAAACUGCCUUUUCGUUCGUCAGAUACUGCCGCCAUCACCAGUCUGUUUCUUGUACAUUUAUUUUGUGGCGUACACCCAUAAGCUAGGAUUUGAACCCAGACGUAGUAUGAACGAAUUUUUUCAUACCGUUAGUAUGAGAUUGCAUAUUUUCUUCGACUUCCUUUCGAUGAGCAACACAAUCAAUAUCGCACCAUCCAUGUACAUAUACAUGCAAUCGUUAUGUGCUUGGGGCACAGAAACAAGGACCUUACACAACAUCAUCUAGGUACAAGCAUCCCUACAUAAGACUUUCCAGUCUGAGCUGAAAGACGUAGGAGGAGCGUUUGGCGCAAUUGGUUGGCGUGUGCGAAAUCGGUUACGGGGUGAAGAAAUUGGCUCUUCCAGGCCAACUGAACCUCCGCGGUCACUUCGGCGCUAAGCUCCACUGCGCUCUUUGUCUAUCUUCUCAAGCAUAUUGAUCCU